GGGGGGGUUGGCCCGUCGAACACGAGCGGAGUGAUAAAGAGUGUUUUUAAUGUCCGCCAUGUUGGCCAUGGCGCACUGAGCCUGGAAUCAGGGACCGGAGCGCGCUGGAAGUAUACACCGAGAGAGAGCGACCGCCACCCGGCCUCGCGACUCCGCUCUCCCCGCUACCUCCACAGACCGACCCGUGCACUGCUGGAAAACGUACCGGCAUCAUCCAUGAGAACUUUAAUCGGACCGGUAGGGAACAUUAGGGGAUUGGAUAGGUUUAUGUUGCAUCUCGAAUUAUAAAGAAUAAAAUGAGUAAACUGUCGUUUCGGGCGCGGGCUCUGGACUCUUCCAAGCCUCUACCCGUCUUCCGCUGCGAGGACCUGCCCGACCUGCACGAAUAUGCUUCUAUUAACCGGGCAGUGCCACAGAUGCCCACGGGGAUGGAGAAAGAGGAGGAAUCGGAACACCAUCUCCAGCGGGCGAUAUCUGCUCAGCAGGUGUACGGGGAGAAGAGGGAUAACAUGGUGAUUCCCGUCCCAGAGGCUGAGAGCAACAUCGCCUACUAUGAGUCCCUCUAUCCGGGGGACUUUAAAAUGCCCAAACAGCUUAUUCACAUACAGCCAUUCAGUCUGGACACAGAACAGCCAGAUUUUGAUCUGGACUCUGAUGAUGAGACGUUUGUAAAUAAGCUGAAGAAAAAGAUGGACGUGGGGGCCCUGCAGUUUGAGGAGAUGAUUGACCGAUUGGAGAAAGGCAGUGGACAGCAGCUGGUGUCUCUGCAGGAGGCCAAGCUCUUGUUGAAAGAGGAUGAUGAAUUGAUAAAGGAGGUCUAUGAGUACUGGAGCAGGAAGAGGAAAGCCUGUCAGAGUGGCUCUCUCAUCCCGGUCGUCAAACAGGAGAAGCGUGAUGGCUCCAGCACCAGUGACCCCUAUGUGGCCUUCAGACGCAGGACAGAGAAGAUGCAGACCAGGAAGAAUCGUAAGAAUGAUGAAGCUUCUUACGAGAAGAUGCUGAAGCUGCGGAGGGAGCUGAGCAGAGCCGUUACAAUCCUGGAGAUGAUCAAGAGGCGAGAGAAGAGCAAAAGAGAGCUGCUGCACCUCACGCUUGAGAUAGUAGAGAAGAGGAACAGCAUGGCUGAUUUUGGUGGGGAGGUGAUAGCAGAGGUUCUGGCUCAGAGAGCUUUAGAGAAACCCGUUAUUCCCCUUAUCCCAAUCACCAACAGCACCCAGUACAGACACACAGAGCACGACCGGGACUAUAAGAGCAAGGUGGAUAAGCCAGAGGUCAUGCGGCAGAAGAGGAAGUAUGAGAAGAAGGCAAAGCCGUUGCCUUUGGCAGGCUCCACCCAUUCAGGCCUGACACUCUUUAACACUAAAGACCUCAAUCAAUAUGACUUUCCUAGCUCGGAUGACGAACCCUCUCAGAUGUUCUCUGGUUCUUCAGAGGUUGAGGAGGAGAACGAUCCAGAUGGUGUGUUUGGCUUCCGGAGGAGAACAGGCUGUCAUUAUCAUGCUGUGCGUUCAGGACCCGCAGGGGAUUGGCCAUGGUCAGACCCAACUGAGGGCGGGAUAGGAGAUGUGCGGUAUCGCUAUUCUCUCACCACGCUCACUGUGCCACGGCAAUGCCUGGGGUUGGCACGGCGGCGAUUAGGCAGAGGGGGCAGGGUUUUAUUGGACCGAGCUCACUCUGAUUGGGAUUCUGUGCUUCACGGGCUGGACCCGAAUUCCACUGAGUUCCCCUCACUGUCUCCCAGCCAGCAGCCCAGCACGGAUACCUCACACACCAGCACAGAUACCUCUGCCCCCUCCUCAUCUCCACUUGACCUCACACAACUCAUGCUCAACAUCGAAGCCUGUCGCUGGAGGCAUUUCAAGCCUCGGACGGCACCGCCAGACGAUCCCGACAAUCCUGAGCACUGGUCUACACGAAGACCACGGCGCGGCUUCCUCAUCCGCCCAAUCAGCACGCUUCGAACACGGGGAGGCUCUGCCUCUAACCGACCACCUGCACCUCCACCUGCACCAGCUUUUAACGCUGAACAGUACCAGCAACACCAGGAGCUGCUCGCACUGAUGCAAAAACAACAGUUUGAACAGGUCCAACUACAUCAGCAGACUGGCAGCACAGCACUCACAAACAACCCACAGAGUUUGGUGUCCAAGACUAUAGAUGCUGCUAGUGCUCAGUUUGCUGCCUCUGCACUAGUGACCCCUGACCAACUGAUUGCACUCAAGAGUAAAGAGGAGGGAGUUUGUGUCAACGGAGUUGUCUCAGCUUCAGGUGUCUAUAAGGGCUUACAUCACACAAGCUCUACAGUGUCCAUCCAUUCGUCUGCCGGACCCACCUCCACCUCAUCCCCCUCCCCUACUGCCACCACUAACAACGGAACUUCCUCGGCCAAUCAUCACGUCGGCAUGGCCAGCCCCGCCCCUGCUCAAGCGCUGAUGGGCGGGGCUUUGAGAGUGAGCGUGCCUUCACCAGCAGGCACCUUGAGUGUGCGACAGCUGCAGCGUCAGCUCACUGUUCCCGCCUCUGCCCUAAAACUUGCUGCCAAUGCCAACAGACCCAUCCAGAAGGUCACCACAGGGUCAACUACCCUCGACAUGGGGCCCAGGGAAAAUCACGAUCAAGAGAAACCUCCAUUAAACAGUCUAACAGACAAAACAGUUGCCAUGGAGGUUACGUAGCCCCGCCCCUUGACCUUUGUCAUACCACCCCUCAACCGAGGCAUCUCCUUUAGGUGCUAAUGCAACAGCUAUGACGCUGUUUCCAUGGCAUCAGUUGGGACUUAAUUGCAAUGCUCUUUUUGUUUCAAAAUGUUUUUGUUACUGUUAAUAAGAUAACAUCUGUAAAUUAUGAAAUAUACAUAAAUAUUUGUAAUACACCCCUUGUAUAUAACAUUACUUGAAUACAGAAAUUGUUCAUUUGUGAUGUUUUGCACUGGGGGGGACUGGGGGUGAUCUGAAGGAAAAACAAUGUGAUUUUUCAUGUACGUGUCAGAGAUUGUGAAUGUUAGGUGGCGUUUGUGUGACUGUUAGAAUGUGUAGCUGAAUGUGUGUGUGUGUCACAUGCAUGGUGCAAAACCUGCUGUUUUAUCUAUUUAUUGUGAGUUGUUGUUGUGUUUUUUUUUUUUUUUUAAUACACCGUAACCUCCUGGGUUUCUGUGCAGUGUGUCUGCGUGUGUGUGUGUAGCUGGAACCGUUUCAUGUGAACAUCUCUUGUUGGGGAAAAAAACAGCAAGGGUUUCUCUCAAUGUCUUCUCAUGUGGCUGCUCCCACUCCACUCAAGCACUAUUUUUUGUUUUUCUUUGUUUUUUUUUAAUCAAUGCUGCUUUUGUAUGAUUUCAGUCUUUUUUUUAAAAAAAAAUCAGAAUCUGAAAGCCCAUUUGUGAUUUGAGGGUUUCCCUUUUGGAUUAAUUUGGAGUUUGUUAAAUUUUCAUUACCCCUGUUUUUGAUGACUGAUUGUACGUCCCCUGUGCUGAGGAGCGAGUUUGUGUUUAACUGAAGUUCAUAAGGAAGAGGACUACAGUGACAUCUCAGUAUGUUUCUUUCAUUAUCAUUCCACUUUAUAUGAAAAUAAGGAAAACAAACAAAAAUGAAAUGUUUUGUUUGCUGUAAGACUUGGUUGCGCCCUUCCUGUGGGGCCAGCAUGAGCUCUCUUCUGUGAAGAGGACAGUACCUCAAGGCUAUUCGUAGUUGUUUGUAUGUACCACAAUCUAAAUGCCCGUUCCAAUGGCAUCAUCUAUCUUUGAGGUGUUUUUUAUUAGUCCCACCUGGAAGAAUUAAUAAAAAAAAUUAAAUUAUAUGAAAAAAUGUUUAAUAAACCCAGGGCAUUAAGUGUUUGA